CAGUCGUGUCAAAGUUCACUAUAUAGAGAGCUCAGUGAGCUGAUCAGAGAGAAAGCAUUCUGCUAGCCCAGCUCCUACAAUUCGCAAUCACUUCCUAACCUCACCCUUUUUAACAUAUUUGAUCACUUUGAUUCUCUGUUCUUUUUCAAAUUAUUUUUCCGUGCAUGAAGGAGGUUCUAUAAGUUGUGAUCUUUUUGUUUUAUUAUCACUUGCUUGUCGGAGAGUUGACUUCAUAGCAUUGGCUUCAGCUGCGCGCUGCUGCUCGCACCACCUCACAAGAAAAGGGAGAAGCAGCAAUAUUUUUUUUACCAGUUGAUGAUUUUCUUCAUGACUUGAGCUGGAACUUGAUAGCGCUCUGCUGCUAGUGUGUAGCCUACAUCAAUUGUGUGUUUUAUGCUGCUGUCACGUCGCCUAUACGUUCAACUUACUGCUUCGUUUCUUGAAUAGGCUACCUCAUUUCAUUAUUGCAAUCAUUUGCUCUUUUUUUCUCCAUUUCGAGUCUCCUGAAUGGCUGACUGCAAGCGCCCCUGGACUUGGCCUCUAAGCGCAAUGCUGCGAAUCAGCUCGCCAUCACAUCAGUUUUAAAACGUGUGCUUAGCAUCGUCUAUAACAGCAAUACAAUUUAACAUUUUCGCCAGAUUCAACGGACAAUCGACAUCCGUAGGCUUUUGUCAUUUAUUUAUUUAUUUGACUAUUCAUUUUGAUUACAGCGUGCUGCAUUCUUUUGAGAGAACAAGCACGGCGAAACCAAAAACGGCAGACAAAAAGUUUCCUUACGUUGACUGAUAGAUAUGGCAAUGGUAGUGUGGAGAGGCUCCCAGGACGAUGUGGCUGAGACCCAAGGUACCCUUUCUUCGCAAUCUCAAGGAGGACUAUCCCUUCCGACCCCUCAGUUGAAUCUGUCAGGCUCUCAGGUCGCCCCUCCGACCCCUCAGACACCAGUCCAAGGACCCCCGAACAACACUGUACAGUCUACGCCGACAAACCAGACGACGCAGUCGGAGAAACAGCAGCCACAGCACAUAGAAUGCGUGGUUUGCGGGGAUAAAUCUAGUGGUAAACACUAUGGCCAGUUUACUUGCGAGGGGUGCAAAAGCUUCUUCAAACGGAGCGUACGAAGGAACCUCAGUUACACAUGCCGUGCCAACAGGAAUUGUCCCAUUGACCAGCACCAUCGCAAUCAGUGUCAGUACUGCCGCCUCAAAAAAUGCCUGAAAGUUGGCAUGAGACGGGAAGUUUCUCUUUUUACUGCAGCGGUGCAACGGGGACGGAUGCCACCCACACAGCCACACCAUGGCCAGUUCGCCUUGACAAAUGGGGACCCACUCCACUGCCAUUCCUACUUAUCCGGAUAUAUCUCUCUACUGCUGAGAGCGGAGCCCUACCCAACGUCCCGGUAUGGCAGUCAAUGCAUGCAACCCAACAACAUCAUGGGCAUCGAGAACAUAUGUGAACUGGCGGCCAGGAUGCUGUUCAGCGCCGUGGAGUGGGCCAGGAAUAUCCCCUUCUUUCCAGACCUUCAGAUUACUGACCAGGUGGCUCUUCUGCGGUUGACCUGGAGUGAGUUAUUUGUGCUCAACGCCGCACAGUGCUCCAUGCCUCUCCAUGUGGCUCCACUUCUGGCGGCGGCUGGCCUACAUGCCUCCCCCAUGUCUGCGGACAGAGUGGUCGCAUUUAUGGACCACAUUAGGAUCUUCCAAGAACAAGUGGAAAAGCUGAAAGCUUUGCACGUUGACUCUGCUGAAUACAGCUGCUUAAAGGCAAUUGUGCUCUUCACAUCAGAUGCUUGUGGCCUCUCAGAUGUGGCCCAUGUGGAAAGUUUGCAAGAGAAGUCACAGUGCGCCCUGGAGGAAUAUGUUCGGAGCCAGUAUCCCAACCAGCCUACACGAUUUGGGAAGUUGUUACUUCGCUUGCCUUCGCUGCGCACAGUCUCUUCAUCGGUCAUAGAGCAAUUGUUUUUCGUCCGAUUGGUAGGUAAAACCCCAAUUGAAACCCUCAUCAGGGAUAUGUUGCUUUCGGGGAGCAGUUUUAACUGGCCCUACAUGUCAAUUCAGUAAGCAGAAGGAAUGAACAAAGGGGGUAAGACUACAAUGGUUAGCGCUUCUUUUGUUGAAGGAAAACGGCUGUUACAAGAGCUUGCUUUCACAAAGAAAGACAUUGUUGUAAAUGACUGUGAAUUUUAAAAUUGAGACAUUCAGCGAACUUUCAAAAUGCAGAUACAAGCUCCCAGUGUCAUUCGGAACAACUUGCUUCUUAUCCAUUUUUAAGAAAAAAGAAAACGAAAAAAAAUAAGGAAAAGGAUUUUGGUAAUCCUCAAAAGGAAAAUGGAAACUAUAAAGUGCAUUUAAAAUGAACAUUUGGAAAAACUUAGGAGAAAAUAAAAAAGUACGUUUUCUUUUUCCAAAUUACUUGUCCUGUGUCCAUGUAUCUAGCUGUUUUUUGUACUUUUCUUUUGUUCCUCCUUUCUGGUUCCAAACCGGCCUAUGUGAUUCUGUAGUACAGUGGUGUUCUUUUCUAAAACCAUGACUUCUUUUGAAACAGUUAAGUAAUAUAAAAUGUUCUUCAAGAAUUAAAACUAAAUCCACAGCAAUAUAGGAAAAUGCUUAUAACUACAUGCUUAAUGCUGCAAACGCACUUACUCUUAAAAUGACACACAAUAAACUGGACAAGGGUGUUUUUUCGGAGUUCAGGUUCAACUUUCUGACCCAGCUAAAUCAUUGCUCUUUCCAAUUGAGUAUAGACGUUAUGUUCCAGGGUUGCCCUGUUUUGUCACUGCUUAGUUGAGCCAGUCGAACCACAUCUGCUCUUAACGUUUCAUAGAAGAUUCAAGGCAAAACAGCUAUUGCUGAACAGUGUGUGAUAUCGGUUACCAGUAUGUAGGCUAUGCUUUAUGAACCCAUUUCAACUUUGUGCAUCCCCAUAUGCACCCAGUUCGAAAUGUUUUGCAUCAACGUAAAGACAGUUCAAAAAAUGUAUGAAGCCUAGCUAUUGAAGGGUGAUUGUGGCUUGUAAAUGUAGAUGCAAAUGUAUUAUUAUGUUAAUUUAGGCAGGUAACGCAUAUAACAUUGUGUCUUGCAAUGUAGGCCUAAACAUCAAUGAAAACAUCUAGCCAUACAAUACCUUGUUUUGAAAUUGGAAAGGUCAAGGGUCAUAUACCUUUAAGUACAGCUGGAAUAGUGUUUAAUAGCAGUAUUAUUAUGACAUCCCUGAAAUGUCACCCUCUAUACACUGCAAGCAUUAAGUGCCUGAAAAGCGCGAAGUAAUUUCUAAUCAAAACGUUGUUUCAGUAUACAACUUUGGGAACACUAUUAGAUUUGAAACUUCAGUCUUAUGCUUGUGUAUUUCACUUGAAAAACGUUAAUUAGAGGCAGUAUUGUUGUAAAUAUAGGUCAAUUCAUUUCAAUGAAUUUUCCUUUAUACAAAGUAUGUGAUUAAGAAAAACUGUGUUUGCUAUUUUUUCGGUAAUACAACGUCUUCAAUUCAGUGGCAGACUUAGCUAGUAUCACUGAAAGUUAUGUUUGUAAUGUAUAUACAUAUUAAGACAAAAAUGUUUUCUUUUUCAUGUAUUUAGACUGUGAAUGCAUGGCCACAGGUCGCUAACCUAUUUUACCUUUGAUAUAUAUAAAUGUAAAUGUUUUUGACUGUAUAGAUAUAAUCUGUGCAUUCAGUACACUAGCCCUUGUAUUUAAAAAAGAAACAAAAUGUUCAACAAUAGGCUAAGACUAAACAGGGUGAGCUGGUCUGGAAAGCUAUUUUGACUUAGUGUUCUGCUCCUUUGGUCUGUGACAAAUGCCUUGUGUGUGUGUGUGUGUGUGUGUGUGUGUGUGUGUGUGUGUGUGUGUGUGUGUGUGUGUGUGUGUGUGUGUGUGUGUGUGUGUGUGUGUGUGUGUGUGUGUGUGUGUGUGUGUGUGUGUGUGUGUGUGUGUGCGCAUGUGAGAGACAGAGAGAGAGAGAGAGAGAGUAGGUGAGUGAGAGAGAGAGAGAGAGAGAGUAGGUGAGUGAGAGAGAGUGUGUAAGAGUGUGUGUGAAAAAAAUGUGUCCUUGUUUUUGGGGCUUUUCUUCAACACACGAGACACCAUGUUGUGGUUGGAUAAAAAGGGAUCAUAUUGUGUAGGUGAUUGAACAGUGCUCUUUGGCUGUUUCCAUGCCACAUAUGGACCAGAGAAUGAUACAUGAUUGUAAUUAUGAACAGUUUAAACUGACCCACGUUUUUAUAUAAAUAUAUAAAAAUAUAUGACUGCAGGGUAUUGAUAACGUAUAGAUACUUUUUUUUAAUGAUUAUGAUUAUUAUGAUUAUUAAUUGCAAGUGAUAUAUGUGAGUGUGUGUGGAAGUUUAUAGUUGAACACAAUUCUUGUUUGUUUGUGUUAGCUUAUUGUAAACAAGCAUUCUGCUGUAAAUUUGUUCUUGGUAUUAAAUUAUAAUUUAUGAAUUUGAAAAAAA